GAUCAGAGGUUUGCUAUAAAAGCCCCGGCUGCCUCAUGCACUCUCUGCUCUUCUGACCUGAGACUCAACAUGCAGACUCUCCUCCUUGUGGCGCUGCUCGGAUCCCUGGCCGCUGUGUUCGCGGCCCCCGCAGCCAAGGUGAAAUGGUGCGUAAAGUCGGUCAAAGAGAUGGAAAAAUGCGUCGCCCUCGCAGCCAUAGCUCCUGCUUUCACCUGCGUGCUGAGAGCCAACACCCUCGAGUGCAUCAUAGCCAUUAAGGCUGGUGAGGCAGAUGCCAUCACUUUGGACGGAGGGGACAUCUACACCGCUGGACUGAACAACUACAACCUGGAGCCCAUUAUUGCUGAGGACUACGGUACCUCUUCGGACACAUGCUACUACGCUGUUGCUGUGGUGAAGAAGGGCACUGCAUUUGACAUCAAAGGGCUCCAGGGGAAGAAAUCCUGCCACACUGGUGUGGGUAAAUCUGCAGGCUGGAACAUCCCCGUGGGCACUCUGUUGUCCUUGAACUUAAUGCAGUGGUCAGGCAUUGAAGACACCCCUGUGGAAGACGCGGUGAGCAACUUCUUCUCCGCCAGCUGUGCCCCAGGGUCAGCGCGUGGCAGCAAACUGUGCGAGCUGUGCACUGGAGACUGCUCCAUGUCCCCCAACGAGCCUUACUACGACUACGAGGGAGCCUUCCAGUGUCUAAAGGACGGCGCUGGAGAUGUGGCUUUUGUGAAGCAUCUUACUGUCCCUGAUUCCGAAAAGCCACACUACGAGCUGCUGUGCAAGGAUGGCACCAGAGCGGCUAUUGACGACUACAGGACCUGUCAUCUGGCCAAAGCACCGGCUCAUGCAGUUGUCAGCCGCAAGGACGCGCAGCUUGCUGACUUAAUCUGGAAUAGCCUCAACUCCUCAGCACAGGACUUUCCACUCUUCUCUUCUGCACCUUCCAAAAACCUGAUGUUCAAGGACUCAACAGUCAGGCUGGUGAGGGUGCCUGCAAACACAGACUCCUUCCUGUAUCUGGGUGCUGAAUACAUGAGCAUUGUCCACCCCCUUAAGAAUGUGCAAGCAAGCUCUGCUUCCCCCGCCAUUAAAUGGUGCGCUGUGGGCCACGCUGAGACCGCAAAGUGUGACGCGUGGAGCAUCGCCAGUUCGGGUGAUGCAGAUGUCACCACCACCAUUGAAUGCCAGACUGGCGCCUCAGUUGAAGACUGCAUUAAAAAGAUUAUGACUAAAGAUGCUGAUGCGAUGGCAGUGGAUGGAGGUCAGGUGUACACAGCGGGAAAGUGUGGCCUGCUGCCAGCUAUGGUGGAGCAGUAUAAUGCAGAUUUGUGCAGCAACCCUGGAGACAAAUCCUCUUACUAUGCUGUUGCUGUGGUAAAGAGGAGUUCAGGUCUGACUUGGGACACGUUGCGUGGCCACAAGUCUUGCCACACGGGACUCGGCAGAACUGCUGGCUGGAACGUCCCCAUGGGUCUAAUCUACAGUCAGACUCAAGACUGUGACUUCACCAAGUUCUUCAGCAGCGGCUGUGCCCCCGGAUCAGAACCCGGCUCUCCGUUCUGUCAUCAGUGUGUCGGCAGUAGAAGAGCGGUGGGAGAUGAGUCAAAGUGCAAAGCCAGUGCUGCUGAGCAGUACUACGGCUACGCAGGAGCAUUUAGGUGUUUGGUUGAGGGUGCAGGGGAUGUUGCUUUCAUCAAACACACAAUUGUUCCAGAAAACAGCAAUGGUGAGAGACUGACACUUACCUCUCUUAAUCUCAGCUAUGAAUGUGUUAUUUAUAUAAACUUAAAACAUCCUCCACCUCUUCUUGUCAAAGGCAACGGUCCAGCAUGGGCUAGUGGAGUAAUCGCUAAUGACUACCUGCUGAUCUGCCCUGGGCAGCCUGCUCCAGUGGAAAUCUCCGAGUACGCCUUGUGUAACCUGGCUGCUGUGCCCGCCCACGCUGUGGUGACGCGUCCGGGGACCCACGGCAAGGUUGUUCAAAUCCUUAAGCAACAGCAGGCCCAGUUUGGUAGCAGUGUCAGUGAUGCCAUAUUCAGGAUGUUCCAGUCAGAUUCAGGGAAAAACCUCCUCUUCAAGGACUCCACCAAAUGUCUCCAGGAGAUUCCUGAAGGAACAAGUUAUGAAACCUUUUUGGGAGCAAAGUACAUGACUACCAUUAAUGCUCUCAGAAAGUGCAGUGAAACCACUCCAGAUCUGGAGAAAUCUUGCACUUUCCAUCCCUGCCAGCAAAAAAACUAGUGGCAACCACGGACCAAGAGGUGCCUUCAGUGAUACGGGCACCUCCCUUCCCACACUCAACCCCCAAAUUGCCUUUUGUAUUUUCUUACUGAUCUUGCUGUAGACCGAUUUUUUAAAAGUAUAACCAAUAAUUGCACUACCACAACUUACAGAUCAACUUUCAUGUAAACAAUCACUACCACAUCUAGCUUUUUGCAUGCUGGUGUAACAUAAUGUUACAUUACCUUUGUUAUUGGAUCCACUAUGUUAUGUUAAUGUGCCUGACUUUUCAUUAAAAGCCUUUUAAUGUUC